AUGUUCAUAUUUCUAUUAUUACUGCCGGUCGUCCGGUCUAUAUACGUCAUCUCACUGUAUGGUGACGUCCAUAAUGACGUGGAAUUCUUCACCAGGACCUUCCCUUGGCUGGUGGAUAAUAUAGGUGGUGACAUCAGCGUCGAUUAUUACCUACUGGGCAGUGGGAAAUACUCCAUACCCCAAAUGUGCGCCUUGGAGCAGAUGAAGUUGAAUACGUUUUUGCAGGCGCAAUACUUGAAGUGUGAAGCAGAAGGUCACGACAGCGUCAAAUGCUUAUGCGCCACCGGGAUAGACCCCCAGAGAUACAGCCAUUGCGUCAUGACCAAGGGCUCAUACGCGAGCCACGCAUCAUCUAAAUACCAGCAGUUGAACAUCGACGCAAGUCCCAUCAUAGAAAUCGGAUACAAGAACACAGUUUUCGCUGUAGAAGACAGUUGGUAUCUGAAGAAAAUAUGCACUAUAUUCGGGGAUAACCCUCCCCGGGGAUGUGUUGUACCCUUCGCUUGCAAUACUACAGAUGUGGCGACUCACAGGAGUGGAGUGGCGUUCUUUGAUUGUAACUGUAUUAGACAUCAAUGUGGAUCGAUGCCAGCGGCUACAACAAGUACUACGCCCUAUGCAGACUAUCCGUUUAGGAACAACCGAGAAUUUUAUGAAACAACGUAUUACGGUUAG